GGAGAAACUGGGGAAGGAACAGCUGCCCCAGCAGCUUCCGUACAACAUGGCGUCACCCAUUUGUAUACCCCAGCUGGGUUUACGUCCUCCUAGCCGGCCACAGGACCGGAAGUGGUUUCGGUCCUAGUGGAUCCGGGUAGGUGCACGCAGGUGGCCGAGGAGGGUUCCAAUUCUUCAGCGUGAAGUGCCGCAGGUGUUCGGGUUAGGUCCGGGGUCGCAGAUUGUGGGAUUAGUGAUAUGCUUUCCUAAACAGAAAAAGUUGAAGAUGUCUAGAUACUUAAUGGCUUUGACAGUGACCACCCUCAUCGGUGUGGCCGUGGGGGGAUUUGUCCUGUGGAAAGGCAUCCGGCGGCGGAGGAGUAAAGACAGCCCGGACAGCAGGCAGCGACGGCAGCAUCCACAGCAUCAAACACCGGGCAGGAGGGAGCUGCCCGCUCCAGAAGAGGUCCGGCUGUGCUCCAGGGCCCCCGGAGCCUCAUGGGAGGAGAGGAUCCUCGGCGCAAAGGUGGUGACUGUGUCUCAGGAGGCCGAGUGGGACCACAUUGAGCCCUUGCUUAGGAGUGAGUUAGAAGAUUUUCCAGUACUUGGAAUCGACUGUGAGUGGGUGAAUUCGGAAGGCAAAGCCAGUCCUCUGUCACUCCUUCAAAUGGCCUCCCCAAGUGGCUUCUGUGUCUUAGUUCGCUUGCCCAAGCUGAUCUGUGGAGGAAAAACACUACCAAAAACUUUGUUGGACAUUUUGGCAGAUGGCACUGUUUUAAAAGUUGGAGUAGGAUGUUCAGAAGAUGCCAGCAAGCUUCUGCAGGACUACGGCCUCAUGGUUAAGGGGUGCCUGGACCUCCGGUACCUAGCCAUGAGGCAGAGAAACAAUUUGCUCUGUAAUGGGCUCAGCCUGAAAUCACUUGCUGAGACAGUUUUGAACUUUCCACUUGACAAGUCCCUUCUACUUCGUUGUAGCAACUGGGAUGCUGAGCAUCUUACUGAGGACCAGGUGAUUUAUGCUGCCAGGGAUGCCCAGAUUUCAGUGGCUCUCUUUCUCCAUCUUCUUGGAUACCCUUUCUCUAGGAAUUCAACUCUAGAUGAAAACGAUGACCACGUGGGCUGGAGAAAAGCCUUGGAAAAUUGCCAGGAUGUGGUAGACAUCCCAUUCCGAAGCAAAGGACUCAGCCGACUGGAGGAAGAGGUUAAUGGGGAAGCAGCAGAAGCUCAGCAGAAGCCAAGAAAUAAGAAGUCUAAGACAGAUGGAAUGAUGGCAGGCAACCACCAAGGGAGAGAUCCCAGAAAGCAUAAAAGAAAGCCCCUGGGGGUGGGCUAUUCCGCCAGAAAAUCACCCCUCUAUGAUAACUGCUUCCUCCAUGCUCCUGAUGGACAGCCCCUCUGCACUUGUGACCGAAGGAAAGCUCAGUGGUACCUGGACAAAGGCAUUGGAGAGCUGGUGAGUGAGGAGCCUUUUGUGGUCAAGCUACAGUUUGAACCUGCAGGAAGACCCGAAUCUCCAGGAGACUAUUACUUGAUGGUUAAAGAGAACCUGUGUGUAGUCUGUGGCAAGAAAGACUCGUACAUUCGGAAGAACGUGAUUCCGCAUGAGUACCGGAAGCACUUCCCCAUUGAGAUGAAGGACCACAACUCGCACGAUGUGCUUCUGCUCUGCACCUCCUGCCACGCCAUCUCUAACUACUAUGACAACCACCUGAAGCAGCAGCUGGCCAGAGAGUUCCAGGCCCCCAUUGGCUCCGAGGAGGGUCUGCGCCUGCUGGAAGACCCUGAGCGCCGGCAGGUACGCUCUGGGGCCAGGGCCCUGCUCAACGCGGAGAGCCUGCCUGCUCAUCGAAAGGAGGAGCUGCUGCAAGCACUCAGAGAGUUUUAUAACACAGACACAGUCACGGAUGAGAUGCUUCAAGAGGCUGCCAGCCUGGAGACAAGGAUUUCCAACGAAAACUACGUCCCUCACGGGCUGAGGGUGGUGCGGUGCCACAGCCGGGGCGGGCUGCGCUCCCUCAUGCAGCUGGAGAGCCGCUGGCGUCAGCACUUCCUGGACUCCAUGCAGCCCAGGCACCUGCCCCAGCAGUGGUCCGUGGACCACAACCAUCAGAAGCUGCUCCGGAGAUAUGGGGAAGACCUUCCCGUCAAGCUGUCGUGACAGCCGCUCUCCUCCCAGCUUUAUAAAAUCGGUAACUAUUCUUGGGGGAGGAGAUACUCAUCCCUCAGGUCCCUGCCGUGUGGCAGUGGCAUGACCUGCGCGCAGAUAUACCACGCACAGUGUGCGCACGGACGGACCACACACAGCGCAGCUUCAGCCCAUCAACAAAUGGUCCGGAAACGCAUGUGCAUUUUGUUCUUACGCCCCUUCAUUCCCUCUGGUCCUCAAACAGGCAUUUCUGGGCCCUAAACUUAGAGAUCCUUGAAAAUGAAUAGUACCGGCCACCUUAGGGACCGUAUGUUCAGUGGGGUAGGUUAUUGUGGGCAUGUGCCUCAGUGGCUGGACCCCACGCUCUGGAGUCCAGGGGUGAACCUUGGAGACUGAUGGGUGGUCGUUAGAGUAGUCAGGCUUGCCACAAGGUGGCACUCACAGAUUUUGUUUUAUAUUCAUUCUUGAGAAAUAGGGUUUUAUAUGUGGUUCCUGAACAUAACUGGUGACUUAUAUUUCCAAAUCUGUGUAGCUGAUUUUGGGUCAUUUGGAUAGGGUUACAAGAAAAACUUCCUCUGAAACAGGGAGUAGGGUGCUUUCUUUCUCUUUCCCCGUGAUCCUCAUGCUAAGAGGGGGGAAGCACGUACGAGGUUAUGUAGGUGCAGUGGUUGCUGUGGGAAGAAGCAAUGGAUUCCCCAACAGAUCUUCCUGCAAAGCCCAGUAACAGAGCCAGCAGCCACCGUAGAGAAAGAAGCUAGACUGGCACAUGAGAUUUCUCAUCCUUCUCAGAAGUUACUGUGUAGAUUUGACUUUCUCUGAGUCAGCCUUUAGCACCAUUUCCUCAAGACUGACAAUGGUGACCUCAAAUGAGAUAUUUUAGGGCAGGCAUAUUAUAAAAGAGGUAAUUAUUGUGUUUUGCUGCUAGAAAAGCAAUGUAUGUUCAUUAGAAACGAGUCUAAAGAAGGAAUAAAAACCAUCCAUCUUCCCUCUGUUUAGAAAAGAACUAACUUACUGGUAUGUCCAUGAAUUUCCUUUCACUAUUUAAAAAUGCGUACAAUACAAAUAAAAUUUAGAGUCAUAUAUAAAUACAGGUUGACAUCCUGUUUUUUCCUCCUCACUUAACAUGGUCAACCACACCACAAGUAAUUCAUUUCCUGUGCCCCUAAUCUUUGAAAGUAGAUUUCUAGUGGCUCUACCAUAUUUUAGGUGUCCAUUCCCACACUGUUGAAAAUUCUGGUUGUUUCAGAUCCUUUGUUAAUGUCAGUGAUGCUGUGAUGAACUGUCUUUUGUAUAAAUCUUUGACUAUAUCUUUGAUAAUUUACUUAGGGUAGGAUCCUAGAGAUUGGAUGGGGUGGAGGGGGCUCACAUUGCUGGAGUGAGUAUCAGUUGAUAUCACCUUUCAUAUCAAGGGAACGGUUCUCUCUAACCCUUAGGCUCAUGUCCCAGUACAUUUGCUGAGCCUCCGUGUGAGCAGUAGCGAGAGGACAGGGUCAUGGCAAGGGCCUCCCUGGAUGGGCCCCCGUCAUUGUGUUUCUAGGCUUAGCGUCUUCUCUCCGCUUCCCCUUUGUCUCCCAUCCUUUAUUGACUCAUUUCCCCUUGUAGUCAAUGUUUUUUGGAAACACUGUUUAUUUUAAAAUAAAAACGUAAAAUAAAAGUUACAGACAGAUCUUUUUUGUGUGUACGAUACACAAGCAAUCAGUGAUUUGCUAUCCUAAAGUGAACAAGGCACAAUAUUCAGGGAUUUGUUGCUUUUUCAGAGUGCAGCCAUAAGUUACUUAUUCUUAUCCAUGUCACGGAUGGAGAUCAGGUGACAAAAUGUGUUCUGUUGAAAUAAAGCCAUUUUAAUCCCCCAUUUUAGACUCUUAGGAACCCAGCAGGCGGAAAGAGCUUUUGUUCAGCUUCCUUUUCUACCUGUUACUAUGGGGCCCUGACUUUUGACUAUAAUCUAAAUUCUUAGUUUACCUUACCUCUCUGAGUUUUUCAUUCAUUCAUUUAUCCUUUCCUCCUUUU